ACUGUGGAGAGCAAGCGUGAGCAGGCGGGGACAUGGACAGGGACGGACAUUCACACGUCCGCAACGCAAACGCAACGGCGAGAAGCGCUCUCGUCGCUGGCUCCAAACUCAAGUUGAGAGAAGUUCACUUCACGCCAAGCAUCUCUGACACAGAGUUAGUCUACCCUAUCGCACUCACCCGGUACCACCUGUGAUCAUCGCUGGGACUACACCUACUCCUCCCCGUGUUGCUCAUCCCGCAAAUCAUCAGUGCAUCAGAAAUUCCCUCAUCCAAAUGGCGUCCGUGAUUAUCUUGACUAUAUUCGAUCCCAGGAUCUAUGAACAGUUAACAUUUAUCCAGUAUCUUGGCACAUUUUACGCUAUCGAUUCCAUUUUUUAAGGCUUAUUUUCUCGUUACAAUUUCGUAGUUCCAUCAUGAAAAGUACCUUUUGUUUUUUACUUCAAUCAUUUUGAAACAAGGGUUUUUAGUCAAAUCACUGUUGCCUGAUAAGCCGUGCUCUCAUCUGCUGUACUUCUUUGAAAUUCAGACGAGGGCAUUAAAUAUAAGUUUUCAAUUUUUGAAUUGAGUGAAUCGUUGUGUAACAUGGUUUUAAAUCCCGACUCUAGCCACCAAAACGUUUCCUGGGAACUAUAAUUACUUCAGAGAUAUCAUUUCACCCCGGACUUUCCGUAUUAGUAGUUUAAGAAAGUUCGAUUUCUCCGAUUAGUACUUUGUUCUUACUCGUUGCUUUUUCCCGUAUUUUAUUUUUUUUAAAAUUUUAAAAUCAUUGGCUCUUCAACCUGAAAUCCCUCGACUCUGAGCAUCUUUCGCAUGUAUACGUCUUUUUCAUUCGCAACUCAUCAACCACACCAACUUCAAUCAACCAGUCUAUGUUUACAAUGUUAUCAAACGGGGAUGGCAAGACGUAUCUCCUCUCUUCGUUACACGGACUGAGGAAAAGCAUUAUUCUCAAAACGAACUAAAAAUGCAUGUCUGAGGUAACUUUUAUGGCAAACCAAGAUUUCAGCCAUUUAAAUUCGUCGAAGGGGAUCGCAAAGAGCAAUAAUGGGUUGAGUUUUACGGUGGGUGCAGUUGUAGGACUGAAGGGAAGUAACACGAAUGUUUAUGGGCAGAGUAACUACAAUGGGUACAUGAUGAGCAAGUCGGAGAGGGAUGAGCACUCUACCUCCCUUAUAAAAUUACAAAAUGAAGAUCAAAUGUGUAUCCGGGAGAACCCGUUAUGCAACGUACCGACAGAGAAGGCAAUUCCUAUUUCUAUCUCAGCUUCAGGAACUGGAGCUUCCUGCAACAACCAGAAGCACAUGAACCAUAAACAACAGAGGCGGAAGAGUUCUGUGACGUCGAGUCAACAAUACGUCUGGUUAGAGCUGGACAAGACCAAGAAGUCCCUAGAAAAAUACUUCCUCGUUCUCUCGGCUGUCAUCAUUGGCACGGUUCUUGUUCUCUUAGCUGCAGUAUUUUUCGCCCAGGAUACUCUCUCUACAUCAAAUCAAAAGUUUAGUAGUAUAUGCUUGUCAUCUGAAUGUGUGAAAACAGCUUCACAUUUAAUAUCUGGAAUGGACCGAAGCGUAGAUCCUUGUUCGGAUUUUUUUCAGUUUGCCUGCGGGACGUGGAACAAACGACAUGUCAUACCCGAGGAUAAAAGUAGCAUCAGCACAUUCGAAGUUCUUGCCGAUCAACUUCAAGUUAUAUUGAAAGGUGUUCUUGAAGAGCCAAUAAAUAAUAAAGACAGCUCAGCAACUAUAAAAGCAAAGACAUUCUACAAAUCAUGCAUGAACGUCACUCAAAUUCGAAAGAUUGGCAAUGCUCCUGUGAAAAGACUUUUGGAAUCCCUGGGGGGUUGGCCUGUCACGACCUCCGAGUGGACGCCUCCCCCCUUCGCUGUGGAGUAUCUCUUUGGUCGACUCAAAGCAGAGUUCAACGAAGGAGUUCUCGUCGAACAAUGGGUUGGUCCCGACGACAAGAACUCUUCUAUGAACAUCCUCCAGCUAGACCAAAUAACUUUUGGAUUGCCAAGCCGAGAUUACUUCUUGAAGGAGAGUAGUAAAGCGGCACUGACGGCUUACCAUCGCUACAUGUCCGAAGUAGCCGUCUUACUCGGGGCCAACGUCUCAACUGUCUCAGCUGAACUCCUUGAAAUGCUCAACUUCGAAAUCAAUCUUGCAAACGUGUCUCUAGCGGAAGUUGAUCGUCAUGAUUCCAGUUCGCAGUACACGAAACUUACCGUCAGAGAAUUGCAGCAGCUCGUUCCGCAGCUCAACUGGUUGGAGCUCUUGUCUACGUUCUUGGAGGCAAGCAUCAAUGAAAACGAACUCGUGGUCAGCUACUCAAUGCCAUACUUCAUUGAAAUGGGGAAGCUAUUUAAAAGGACGGACAGACGGGUUCUGCACAAUUACGGAUUGUGGCGGUUGAUCAGCACAGUGGUUGUGCCACACAUGGUUGACGAAUACCAACAAAUAAGAACCGAGUACAAAAGAAUUCUGCUGGGCAUUCUGAGCGAGAGGAAUCGUUGGAGCCAAUGCGUCGAGUGGACAAACAAGAAACUGGGCCUUGCCGUGGGUGCUCUGUUUAUAAGGGAAAACUUCAAUCCAGAGGGCAAGGAGACUGCAGAAGAAAUGAUCAAGACAUUACGAGAAGCUUUUAAUGAGCUUCUGGCGGAGAAUCAUUGGAUGGAUGAUGAGACACGAACUGUUGCCAAAGAAAAGGCAGACAAUAUCAAUGAAAGGAUUGCUUAUCCACAAAUAUUAACUCAGCCUGAGGAGCUAAAUAAAGAAUACCAAAAUUUGAACGUGACGGAGGACAAUUUUUUGCUGAACAUUUUUAACGUGCUCCGUUUCGAUGCCCAUCAGAAUCAGCAACGCCUCCGGCGACCGGUGAAUAAGGACAAGUGGACAACCGAGCCAGCCGUCGUCAAUGCAUUUUACAAUCCCAACACCAACAACAUUGUAUUACCAGCGGGGAUUUUACAGCCGAUGUUCUACAACCAACACUCGCCAAAGUCCCUGAACUAUGGUGGAAUAGGGGUUGUCAUUGGCCACGAGAUCACACAUGGAUUUGAUGACAAAGGACGACAAUUUGACAAAGAUGGAAACAUGCAGGAGUGGUGGAACAAUGCAACAAUUAGAGCUUUCCGAGAGCAAACACAGUGUAUUAUUGAUCAGUACUCGCGGUAUAAGUUGGACGAGGUCGAUCUGUUCCUGAACGGAAGAAUGACUCAAGGAGAAAAUAUAGCUGACAACGGUGGAUUGAAACAGUCAUUCAGGGCUUAUCGGAAGUGGGUGAAAACUCAUGGGGAAGAAAAACUGUUACCCGGCCUGAAUAUGACCCAUGACCAGUUAUUUUUCCUCAACUAUGCGCAAAUCUGGUGUGGCACAAACCGGCCAGAGGAUGCUCUCACUAAGAUAAGGUCGUCUGUUCACUCACCUGGUCGUCUUCGAGUCCUCGGUCCACUUUCCAAUUCGGUUGACUUUGCUCGUGCCUACAAUUGCCCGCCUGGGUCCCCUAUGAACCCCACGUCCAAAUGUUCAGUCUGGUGAACCUUUACUUGGGGCCAUCAGGUCCUUAGCGUACACAAACGUAAAAACCAUGCAGUUGAUUAUUUGAACUUUAUUGAACUAUCGCCAAAAAGGGCCCCACUUUUUUUCGAUGUUACCUAUCGGAUAUUUUCCAACAGAAUUCUGUUAUCAUCGUGCAAUAUUAGUAAAAACACUCCUUUAAACCCUUAUAUCAUAAAACAACUGAAUUGGGAAACUGUUUAUCAACUCAAGAAUCUUCGCAAGUUUGGUCCAAUAGGAAUCAACUUAUCUGUAUCAGCUACUCCAAAAAUUAUCUAUCCAUCAAUGAUAAAAAUUA